GGUGAGACCUGGCGUCUCUGCGCCUAUCAAUUGCUAAUCUGACCACCCACCUCUCUCAAUCAGUCAUUUGGAAUUUCUUCUUAUUAGGCCAUUUUCAUCUUCGUGUUUUCGAAGUUGCUACAUGGCGGUGAAAAUACGGGAACUGGAGUUAGUUGUUUUCACGUGAUUUCUGAAUGUGAUGCUUGAUUGGAAGAGAACAGAAAGUGGGCAUAUCAAGAAGAGUCGUGAGGUAUGGCUUGGAGAAAUGCUUGUGACGAUGUGGCUCAUUCGAAGCCUCUGUUCUUGACGAUCUACACGACUGUGAUCGUUGGCAUCGUCGUUUCGUCCUUGUAUGUCUUCUCCGCCAUAUAUUCGAGCAAGCCCGCUGGUGAUACUUCUGGCUGGCUCUCUUCUUCAUCCUCUAUAGCUCCAGGUUUGGAUGAACAUCAGCGCCUUCCAGAUCAAAAACAUAACUUUUCUAAGCCAGAUAUAACACAUGCUAUGCCAAAUUCUGCCCCAGGGCCACCAAAUAAGUGGGCAAGGCCUAUUUGGGAAGCCCCACCUCAGAAUGAAAAGAUGCCCCCUUUGAAGGCUUUCCGACUGACCAAAGAGUUGGUUCAGCAUAGAGUGAAGGAUAAUAUCAUAAUUGUGACCUUUGGUAACUAUGCAUUCAUGGAUUUCAUUCUGAAUUGGGCCAAACACUUAACAGAUCUGGGACUUUCCAAUCUUCUUGUUGGUGCGAUGGACACCAAAUUAUUGGAGGCAUUGUAUUGGAAAGGUGUACCAGUUUUUGACAUGGGCAGUCACAUGAGCACGGUAGAUGUUGGCUGGGGAUCCCCAACAUUUCAUAAAAUGGGGAGAGAAAAAGCUAUUUUGAUAGACUCAGUCUUGCCUUAUGGUUUUGAAUUGUUGAUGUGUGACACUGACAUGGUUUGGUUAAAGGACCCACUUCCAUAUCUCGCUCGUUAUCCAGGGGCAGAUGUUUUAACUUCGAGUGAUCAACUUAUACCAACCGUUGUUGAUGAUAGUCUGGAGGUUUGGCAAGAAGUUAGUGGUGCCUACAAUGUUGGAAUUUUCCAUUGGAGACCUACAGAUUCUGCCAAAAAGUUGGCAAAGGAAUGGAAACAAAUGCUUUUUGCUGAUGACAAGGUAUGGGAUCAAAAUGGAUUUAAUGACAUUGUACGCAAACGGUUAGGACCACCUGUUGAUGAGGACAGCGGACUUGUUUAUGCAUUUGAUGGAAAACUGAAGUUGGGAAUUUUACCUGCAAGUAUAUUUUGUAGUGGACAUACAUAUUUUGUCCAGGCUAUGUAUCAGCAACUCAGAUUGGAGCCUUAUGCAGUGCACACAACGUUUCAAUUUGCAGGCACUGAAGGAAAGCGCCAUCGACUUCGAGAAGCCAUGGUCUUCUAUGAUCCUCCUGAAUACUAUAAUCCACCUGGGGGUUUUUUGUCAUUUAAGCCAUCAAUCCCGAAGAACCUGUUGCUAAGUGGGACCCAUACCAUUGAAUCACAUUUUUCUCUCGUUAACUAUCAAGUAAAACAGAUAAGGACAGCACUUGCUAUUGCUUCCCUUUUGAACAGAACACUGGUCAUGCCUCCUCUAUGGUGCGUGGUUGACAGGCUAUGGUUUCCUCAUCCUGGUGUUCUGGAGGGGACCAUGACAAGACAACCUUUUCUUUGUCCUUUGGACCAUGUAUUUGAGGUGAAUGUCAUGUUGCAAGCACUCCCAGAGGAAGAGUUUGGCCCAGGCAUAGGCAUUAGAGAGUACUCAAUUCUUGAUAAUCCUUCUAUGCCCUUAGAGGUGAAGUCGUCAUGGCUUGAUGUUCAUCUCUGUAAAGAUGGGACCCCAGAUUGUGAUGCAUCAAAUGCUACCACCGUUGGGGGAGUGCUUAGACUUCCAAAGCAUAGCACUGAUGAAACGCUCAUGAGGGUAUUCUCAUCAUUCAAGGACGUGAAAGUUAUCCAGUUCUCUUCAAUGCAAGAUGCUUUUGCAGGUUUCACGGACAAGAUUAGAGAAGAUAAAUUCAGAAAACGUGUCAAGAGGUAUGUGGGGAUAUGGUGCUGUGUGAUGGAUCACACUCCUGGUCACAUAUACUAUGACAUGUACUGGGAUGAGAAGCCUGGGUGGAAACCAAUCCCUCCUCAAUCGUCUGAGGAUGAUCAUCCACCUUGGUGAGAUCCCUAAUGAAGGCUCAAAAUGCUGGGAUGACAAAAGAAACAUAGAAAGCUGGGUUUCUACUUUGCAACAACAAAGGAAUUUAAACAUGACCCAUUUAUGUGACGACCCUGUUCUUGUGUAACAAUAGUGAGCAAAAUUUUGACUUUGUAUCAGGGGAACGAGCAAACUAGAAAAAUGUAGUAGUGCGCAAAUCGUAGCUUCUAGUCUUUGAAUCACUUUCCGAUUAGAACCAUUGUUUACCCUUUUGCGCAUUAACGUCUUAUUUUCAUGAUCGCUAUAGCAAUUGGCUUUGAGAAAAGUUGACUAACUACAUUCGAUUGUUAGGGACUUUGAAUGCCUUUUCGUAUAGUA